AUGACUACUAAAAAUAUUUGUUUAGAAGAAAUAAUUCCUGGAAAUCCCGUAUUAGAAAGUGCCAAAUUUAUAUUUGAGCAUAGUAAAGAUGUCCAAAUUACCAAAGAAGGUAUAUACAAUGCCGCCAAUAUUAUAUUUGAAAAAAUGAAACAAAAGGAAUAUUCUGUAAAACAUUGGAAGAUGAAUGAUCUACAUCCUCAAAAAGCAGAUGAAGCGGCUAUCAAUUGGAUUUUUCUCGUUGAUUUGCUUAAUUUUUCGUUUUGGUCAGAUCUUGAUAAAGAGGAUAUCCCGGGAUACACGAGUCCUGACCGAUAUACUGUAUUUUAUAACAAUCGUUCGUACACGGGUUAUUGGUCAUUGUGUGCCGCAAUCAAUCGAGCUUUGCAAAAAGGAAUUCCUAUUACAACUCCGGAUUUUUACGCGUCAAAGGAGAGAUUGAGUGAUCUUGAGAUUAAGCAAAUAUUUAAAUCCGAGACAAGUGAAGAUAUUCCACUUUUAGAGGAGCGAAUUGAAUCAAUUCGUCAAGCUGGAAAAAUAUUAACUGAAAGAUUCAAUGGAACCUUUGCCACAUGUAUCCAACAAGCCAAUCAAUCUUCCCUAAAGUUGCUUACUAUUAUCGUAGAAAAUUUCCCUUCGUUUCGUGAUGAGGCGUCAUUUUUAGGAAGAACAGUUAAAUUUUAUAAACGUGCACAAAUAUUAAUCGCGGAUAUUUGGUAUUGUUAUAAUAAUCAAAAUACAAUUUUCGGUUUAGGUUAUGGCACCUUUCAUGAUAUCGACGAGAUUACAAUGUUUGCCGAUUACAGAGUACCUCAGGCGCUUCACCAUCUCCAAGCACUUUCUUACUCUCCAUUCCUUAAAGCUACCCUCGAUAACUAUACACUAUUGGAAAAUGGCUCACAACUGGAGAUAGAAAUUCGCGGAUGUUCAAUAUGGGCAGUUGAAUUGAUACGUCGUCAUAUCACGCAAAAAUUAUUAUCGGAAGACGGAAAAAAUGAAACGGAGGAUAACGAACCACUUCGUGUCAAUGCCAUACUUUUAGAUUACUAUAUCUGGGAUUUUGCUUCGUCCAGUAAAACAGCGUUGAACGUUAAAGCACAUAGAAUUAGAAGUAUUUUUUAUUGA